AUGGCUCGCAGAGAGGAGAAGGAGCGGCGUGAACAAGAGGCGGCAGAGCACGCGAAGGCGGCAGAGGAGCUGAAGAGAGUGGAGGAGGCACGCCAGAAGGCAGAGGCUGCAGCAAGAAUGAGGGAGGAGGCAGAGGCGAUGGUUCGCAGAGAGGAAGAGGAGCGGCGUGCAAUAGAGGCGGCAGAGCACGCCAAGGCGUCAGAGGAGGUGAAGAGAGCGGAGGAGGCACAGAAGAGGGCAGAGGCUGCAGCGAUAGUGAGGGCGGAGGCAGAUGCAAACAUACGCAGAGAGGAAGAGGAGCGGCGUGCAAAAGAGGCGGCAGAGCACGCGAAGGCGGCAGAGGAGCUGAAGAGAGUGGAGGAGGCACGCCCGAAGGCAGAGUCUGCAGCGAGAAUGAGGGCGGAGGCAGAGGCGAUGGUUCGCAGAGAGGAAGAGGCGCGGCGUGCAAUAGAGGCGGCAGAGCACGCCAAGGCGGCAGAGAAGGUGAGUAGAGCCGAGGAGGAACGGCAAAGGGCCGAGGCUGCAACGAGAUUGAGGGCGGAGGCAGAUGCGAUCGUACGCAGAGAGGAAGAGGAGCGGCGUGCAAAAGAGGCGGCAGCGCACGCGAAGGUGGCAGAGGAGCUGAAGAGAGUGGAGGAGGCACGGCAGAAGGCAGAGGAUGCAGCGAGAAUGAGGGCGGAGGCAGAGGCGAUGGUUCGCAGAGAGGAAGAGGCGCGGCGUGCAAUAGAGGCGGCAGAGCACGCCAAGGCGGCAGAGAAGGAUAGUAGAGCCGAGGAGGAACGGCAAAGGGCCGAGGCUGCAACGAGAUUGAGGGCGGAGGCAGAUGCGAUCGUACGCAGAGAGGAAGAGGAGCGGCGUGCAAAAGAGGCGGCAGCGCACGCGAAGGAGGCAGAGGAGCUGAAGAGAGUGGAGGAGGCACGGCAGAAGGCAGAGGAUGCAGCGAGAAUGAGGGCAGAGGCAGAGGCGAUGGUUCGCAGAGAGGAAGAGGCGCGGCGAGCAAUAGAGGCGGCAGAGCACGCCAAGGCGGCAGAGAAGGUGAAGAGAGCCGAGGAGGCACGGCAAAGGGCCGAGGCUGCAGCGAGAGUGAGGGCGGAGGCAGAGGCGAUGGUUCAAAGAGAGGAAGAGGAGCGGCGUGCAAAAGAGGCGGCAGAGCACGCGAAGGCGGCAGAGGAGAAUAUGAGAGCCGAGGAGGCACGGCAAAGGGCCGAGGCUGCAGAGAGAGUGAGGGCGGAGGCAGAGGCGAUCAUACGCAGAGAGCAGGAGGCGCGGCGCGCAAUAGAGGCGGCAGAGCACGCGAAGGCGGCAGAGGAGCUGAAGAGAGCGGAGGAGGCAUGGCAGAGGGCAGUGGCAGAGGAGAUGGUGAGGUUGGAGGCAGAGGCGAUGUUUCGCAGAGAGGAAGAGGAGCGCCGUGCAAAAGAGGCAGCACAGCACGCCAAGGCGGCAGAGAAGGUGAGUAUAGCCGAGGAGGAACGGCAAAGGGCCGAGGCUGCAGCGAGAUUGAGGGCGGAGGCAGAUGCGAUCAUACGCAGAGAGGAAGAGGAGCGGCGUUCAAUAGAGGCGGCAGAGCACGCGAAGGCGGCAGAGGAGGUGAAGAGAGCCGAGGAGGCACGGCAAAGGGCCGAGGCUGCAGAGAGAGUGAGGGCGGAGGCAGAGGCGAUCAUACGCAGAGAGGAAGAGGAGCGGCGUGCAAAAGAGGCGGCAGCGCACGCGAAGGCGGCAGAGGAGGUGAAGACAGCCGAGGAUGAACGGCAAAGGCCAGAUGCUGCAGCGAGAGUGAGGGCGGAGGCAGAUGCGAUCUUACGCCGAGAGCAGGAGGCGCGGCGCGCAAUAGAGGCGGCAGAGCACGCGAAGGCGGCAGAGGAGCUGAAGAGAGCGGAGGAGGCACGGCAGAGGGCAGUGGCAGAGGAGAUGGUGAGGUCGGAGGCAGAGGCGAUGUUUCGCAGAGAGGAAGAGGAGCGCCGUGCAAUACUGGCGGCAGAGCACGCGAAGGCGGUAGAGGAGCUGAAGAGAGUGGAGGAGGCACGGCAGAGGGUAGAGGCUGCAGCGAGAGUGAGGGAGGAGGCAGAGGCGAUGAUUCGCAGAGAGAAGGAGGAGCGGCGUGCAAUGGAGGCAGCAGAGCACGCGAAGGUGGCAGAGGAGCUGAAGAGAGAGGAGGCACGGCAUAGGGCAGAGGCUGCGGCGAGAGUGAGGGCGGAGGCAGAGGCAAUGGUACGCAGAGAGGAAGAGGAGCGGCGUGCAUUAGAGGUGGCAGAGCACGCGAAGGCGGCAGAGGAGGUGAAGAGAGCCGAGGAGGAACGGCAAAGGGCCGAGGAAGCAGCGAGAGUGAGGGCGGAGGCAGAUGCAAUCAUACGCAGAGAGGAGGAGGCGGGGCGUGCAAUAGUGGCGGCAGAACUUUCGAAGGCGGCGGAGGAGCGGAAGAGAGUGGAGGAGGCACGGCAGAGGGCAGUGGCUGCAGCGAGAGUGAGGGCGGAGGCAGAUGCGAUGGUUCGCAGAGAGGAAGAGGCAAGACUUGCGACGGAGGAGGUGGACAUUGCACUGGAGGAGGCGCGCAUUGCUACGGAGGAGAUGGACAUUGCACGGGAGGAGGCGCGCUUAGCGACGGCGGAUCCUCUGCAGGUGACAGGCGUUGAAAUGGAGAGGGCGACGGCAAGCGUUGGUGAGCUGGUUAUAGAGAGUGGUACUACCUCGACGGAGAACAUGAGGGUAGACGGGGCAGAGAGGACAACUGCUGAGCUUGAGGAGAUGCGCCGCAGAUGGGCGGAUGAAUUGGAGUCGCGACAACGACGCGAAGAGGCUGCGAUGCUGCGAGCCGCCGAAGAGCAGGAGCGUAUAGAAGCAGAACAAGAGUUGGCAGCAGCAUUCGAAAGGCUAAGAGCGCAACGAGAACACUGUAGGGCAGAGGGGGCGCGGGAGAGGCUACAUGCUGCAGAGAUGGCGAGGAUAGAGGCCGAAGCGUUGCGACAAAUACUGGCGGAAGACGCUCGGAGCGCAAGGGAGGAGAACGAGCAGGAAAGUGCAGCGGUUGAGCAGACAGCAAAUGCGAAGACACAAGCUGUGGGGAUUGCGGAGGGAGCGACGGCAAUGGGAAAUGCAGCCGGAGUCAUGCAGGAUGAUACAGUACGGGCAAUUGCCGAGGAGGAGCAUAGGCUGGCCGACGCGGAGCGGAACAAUGCAGCAGCUGCAGAGAGGGCGAUGCAAGAGGUAGAAAUGAUGCGCCGUAGAUGGGACGAGCAGAUGGCCACAAGAGGAGCGAGGUUGCAAGCAUCGAGGGUGCGGGUUGCGCGGGAGGAGAGAAUGGCGGAGGUGGCGGCAGGCAACGACGUGGAGAGGGCUAGGCAUGAUGCAAGUGAACAGUUUCGUCACACCGGCCGCGAUAGUGCUACGAUGCAGAGGGAUCGAGAGUGGGGAGAGGUCGAGACAAUCCUGCAACAGAGCGUCAUGCAGGGAGCCGCGAUAUCAGAGGAGACAGAUGACGGGUUUGUAGAGGUGGGAACAGCCGGAGUAGGUGGAGGUGUGGGCGGAAUGGCAGAGGUUAUUCGACGUCUUACAUACGUCGCCCAGGCGGUGGCCAGCAGCUCCGCACAACAAAAUGCUAGGAUUAGUGGCAACCUCCGCCAGCUCCAAUCUGCUUGUACGCGCAUUGCCCGGUGGACAGAGGACUACAACGAGGACGCUGAAAACAUGUUGCGGGAAUACAGAGAAGCUAAGGCGAUAGCGAUUAUCGAACGGCAGAGGGCAGCGCAGACACGCACGGAAAUCAACACUUCUAUCCAAGGGCUCCAUCGCAGAGUAGCAGAAUCAGUCCAGAGUGCAGUGGCACGGGAGUAUGUGACGUUAUUAUCAUCGAUGAAAGAGAAUGUGAAAGAGGGGAUGGAUGCGGCAAUGGGACGGGCGGCGCCGGAGGGAAGGCUUAGGGUGGUUCUACCCAACGACUACAUGGAGACGAUGAAGAAGGCUGUGGUCGCCAACGUCCAAGAAACACUUGCGGACGUCAGAUCGGCGAUGGCAGAGAAUUGCCAGAGGCUAGAGACUCUGAAAACCGAAAUCCUGGCAGCGGUGGAUGAGAAGCUGUCUGGGAGGAUGAAAGACGGCCACGUUCCAGUCACUACGCCGAUCUCUACCAACACGCGUACUGGACAUGGGGUGGAGCAGCCGAACUCGUCACGUGGUGCGCAGUUCUCUCACCCUUACACGUGUGACAUAUCCCCAGAUGCUGCGCUCGCGGCAGCCGCGAACAUGGUCGAGGGGUGGGGGUUUUGGAGCGAACAGGGUAUGUUGGAGACGGAUCGGCGUACACAGACGGGAAGGGACGAGAUAAUUGCCGGUGACAAUGCAGAAGAACGGCGAGACGAUGAUGUAGGUCCAAAUGCAGCUGAGGCGGGGCAAGCACGAGACCUGGACCUUGCAAGGACGAUUGAAAUACGUGCUAGGGAGGCGUCGGAGCAACAGCGUCGCGAGGUAGAUGCAGAGCGGCAGAGAGCGAGGGAGGAGACGGAACGUAGUGUAAGAGAGGCGGAACAGGCGCGACUGAGGGACGAACAGGAACGGGUGGCUGCGCAGAAGCGAGCAGCGAGGGCAGCCGCACUUUCAAUGGCAGAGGAACGACGGAAGCGCCUUGAUGAGGACGCUGCGCGGGAGAGGUCGGAAGCCGAACAACGACAAAUGGAAAUGGCGUUAGAGCGAAAACGGUUGGAGAACGAGCUCGCGCGUCUGGCAAUGGAGGACGAGCAGGAGAAGACGGCGGAGGAGCGCCUGCAAAGUGAUAACGAGGUAACAGCGACCGGGAGUCGCAAUGUAGAGGGUAUGGUCGAUCGGCAGGAGGAGGACUCGGAGGGAGGAGGCGGACUGGGAGAAUAUGCAGGAGGUACAGGCAUUCUACAAGUGGUGCAUGUGAGCGAAGCAGAUGGAGAGAGGGCAGACAACGAGGCACAUGAGCAGCCAGCUGUCGAGGCUGACGACGAGGGGAAGAGACCAGGUGUGGAGCGGCCGUUCAAGGCACCGGGGUUGUUUGAGCGAAACAAAAACGAUCCGGAGAAGAUGCGGUACACAUCUGAGCAGACAUUAGGGGGCAAGAAGCGGAACAUGGGGUCACAUAAGGAGGCGUGGAGUAGAAACUUCACCGUCUGUGUCUGCUGGCUGGCCUACUUCCCGGAUUGCAACUUGUCGUCUUAUGGGAUCCCCGCCACAGAAAUUGAAAGGUGGCGCGACGAACUCCAAUUUGCGGUAUCUCUGCCGACCGGCGUGUGGAGUGUCAUCAACGAGCUGUCGCUCGACAGAUAUGCCAAGUGA